AUGAAAAAGGCCCAGGGCCUGCAAGGGCCCCGUCCAGCUCUGAUACGACACGCAAAAAUAAACAAAGAGUCCGGGGAAGUGAUAUCUAUCUUAUUACGUUUUGCGCACUUCAGUGAGCCGGAAGUAUGGGUUGCGGGGAAGCUUGAGAAAAGUAUAUCAAAAGCCGCCCUCCCUGGUAACCUUGGUAGAUUCGGCUCGGCUCCUCCCUUGGUGAUGGCUUGCGGUGGCUUGGCGGGAGCACUAAAGCGGUGGUUCGCAGACCAAGCAACUUUGAUAAUUCUUGGUCGUCGUGAUGCCAAGGCUAGGCAGACAAAGAAGCACUUAUCUGCACGACGCAGAGACAUCAAAAACAUGGCACCCCUCAGCACAGUACACGCCGAAAUACAAUCCAAUACACUGAACACCAUCAACAGCUCCCAUGAUGAGCCGAGUCGCGGGCCAAUUAAACUUUGCUAUCGUCUGAACGACCCACUGAAUUGCUUAAUUUCCUACCCCACUAUGAUCUGCUGGGCAACGCCCCCUCGCUCUCCACGGUUUGGUAUUGUCCUGUCGGUCCCGAACUCUGAUCAAAUGGGUAGGCUUGACGGCGGUGAAGACACUCGUGUCACACGCACAAAUAUAUAUAUUCACAGAGACGACUGGGAGGUUCAUCGGCAAAACCACGGCAAUAAUGUAGUGUGGGGAAAUAGGGUUUGA